AGUUUAAUAUGGACUCCGAGACGCCGUGGUGUUUCGGAGGGAAGUGCACCAUCAAGGUCUCGGCGGUACAGGUCAUCCUCGGGCUGGCGUGCGCCUCGGCCGGAGUCGCCGGGAUCUUCUGGGACGCCUGGUACAAGGAGAUCGGAUACGGGAUAUGGUCGGGGAUACUGUUCAUUAUGACCGGUUCUACUGGAAUUCACGCCGCCAAGGACUGGAAAAAGCUUUGGAUCAUGUGUUUCCUGGUGACCAGCGCCGCCUCCGCUCUGGUGGCGACUUUCGUGGUCCUGCCGCUCGCCUUCAUGGCCAUCCAGAUAGACAAGCCUGACCCCAACCGGCUCGCCGUGGACGGCAUCCUGUUCGCCUCUGCCCUGCUGCAGGGGCUCCUGUCCGGCGCCACCUUCUUCAUGGCGUUCUGCGGCUGCUGCACGGCCAAGGGCAGGAAGAGGGUGAGAUAUCCGCGUCAAACACCUGCAGUUGGCGUCAUGAACGCAGGGGACUCCCUAGCGACCGUGACCGUGACGAACAGCCCUUACCUGCACCACUCCCCUGCCCACGGUACUUUUGCUUAAAGGUCCGCCUCCAUCGUACGAUGACGUCAUGAGAGCGUCACCUCGGGGAGACCGUCAUUGGUUGUUCAUUCGGACAACAGCAAGAAUAGCGAGCUGAAAUGUCUAGUUAAUUCUGUCUGUAUCUCUAUCUCGUGAUAUUUGCGUAACACACCGACUUCUAGAUCUGUAUCUGUAUCUGUGUAGCCGGUAUAACGUCCCUUCGGCGUAACACACCAGCUUCUGUAUCUGUAUCUAUAUAGCCGGUAU